AUGGCUUUGAGCAACGACAGGUUUGAUGAGGCCGAAAGCUUUCUGGCGUCGUUACAAUCAGAAGGUGGGAGCAGUUACGACCGGAAAGAGGACAUGAGUUAUGACUGGUUUACAGGAGGAUCAGCGAGUGAAAACGAGCGUCGCGGAUCUGAUUCCGGUAAUGGGAUGGGGUUUGACACUAUGGCAAUGGGGUUGACUCCGGAAUCGUAUUCGUCUGGCCCAACACAGGGAUAUCAAGGAGGAUCAGGAUUUGGGAAUGGGGAUUCGCAAAGUUUCCACCCAUAUGACACACAAUCUAAAGCCCAAUCUAGUAGUACGGGGUCAACCUUUGCCGAAAAAUACAACUAUUCGGGCGAGAAUGGCACUCCGUUGAACUCGGUUCCACAGCAAAGCAGGUCUGUCAGCAACGGUGGCUCCUCUCAAAGCGAUCAGGUUGCUGUCAAAGCUGAACUUUCGCCUCACAUGAAACUGAGCCCAGAGGAGAUCAAAGGUAUUAUCGAAAACGAGGAUCUCCUCGGAAGUGAGGGCCCAGACGGAUUUUAUGUCACUGAAGAUGGCAAGAUUGGUAAGCCUAGGCGUGAGAGAACUUCCCACAAUCUCAUAGAAAAGAGAUACCGUACGAAUAUCAACGACAAAAUCCAGCAGCUACGCGAUAUCGUGCCGUCGGUGCGAGUCGCGUCGAAACGCGAACUGGGUUUGGAUAUAAGCGAAGAGGACAGAAAAGAUCUAGAUGGACUUGAGCCUGCGAGAAAACUCAACAAAGCAACGAUCCUUAUGAAGACGGUCGAGUAUAUACGCCAUUUGGAAAACAAGUGUUUCUACUUCAAAUUGGAGAACCACAAGUUGAAAAGCGCUCAGGGACUUUCUACUCCUGAAAGCGUGCGGAAUCCAUCUACUGGGUCUUCCGACAUAAUAAACUCGGGCACACACCCCGAACAAACCUCUCCAUAUGCGGAGGCAUACCCUGUGGGGAGACAAAACUCUUACGGUCGUAGCGAUAUGGCCGGUAAAGUGUUGAUGGGUGGCCUUGCCGUUACGAUGGGAGUCUCAUCCUUCAACGAGGGCAACGAUUUCAGCACCGUUAAAGGAUUGAUGGCUUUGCCUGUAUUUCAUUAUUCGCCCAUGGAAGGGUUUUCUUUGAGCAAUAGCAAUGGAAUAAUUGAUCUGCGUGCGGCCCUGUUCUCGAUUUUAAGAAUCGCUCUGGUUGUUGCAACCGCUUUUCACCUAUUCAACGUCUUGAUUCGAAAAGGUUCGCGCAAGAAAAAGCAGAGCAGAGAUCACAUAGUAGUGGAAUUUUCAGACACCGUAUCUUUUUGCACCCCAGAGCUACUAUGGGAGACCGUGAAGAAGACCCUGGUCAUUAACAGGUUGAAAUACCCAAGCAAUUCUAUUGAGCGCAUUGAAUCUGAGAUUGCUUGCUGUUUUGCCCUCAAAUUAAUUUCUUUGCCUUUCCCCAUUGCUCUUUUGGCUAAAAGACAUGUUUCGGCGACUUGGAAUAAAAUUCAAAAUCAGGUCCGACUAGCCAACGCAAAGAGUGGUGAUAAACUUAAGGCAAGUACAGACUGGAUGGUCAUCAGUCACGUUUUGUCCAAGCCCCAGGCCAACUCCUUGGACUCUCAAGUCCUUUCGGAGCAAUUGUUGUCUCGCAAAGCCGUGUACACGCUGAAGGAAUUUGUAAGUGCUGUUCGGGACUUUUUGAUGCAAUCGGAUACAGAGUCCCUCAUCAGCAGCUUGUUCAGGGAGUGUUCUAAUUUGGAAAAACCAAUUAAGGACAUUCUAGGGAAGAUUUACGACACAGAGGUUGUACAGAAAAAGAGAUACUCCUUUUCACAAGACGGGUUCAUCACUGCUCGCUGUCUUUUCGAGCCAACUGACCAAAACAUUGAUGACCUUCUCCAAGCGGUUAAAAUUACUACGCUGAGUAAGACAACUAACAAAAAGUUCCGCAAUGACCAGGUUCUCAUUCUUUAUUCGAGCAUAAUACGAAACCUUCUUAUCAAAAAUCAACAAGAGCAAUCUAGACAGUGGAUCCGCAGGCUACCGAUCGAUAUGCUCACUGAAGAACAGUGUUCGAUCUUGGGCAUUGCAGCUGCGUAUUUAUCGUUGCGGGCUAUCGAGGAGAGUAAGCUCUCAAGCAACUAUCAAGAUGUCUGCUCGCGUCUGGAAUUGUUAGCGAGCCAGCUGCGAAUCUGGCUAGGGCGCCAUCCCUGUGGUAAUGUAAGCUUAGAAGAUCGCGGUAAAUUGGUCGAUCACUGCGUGAAUGUUGCUGUAGAAUGUGGGGCUAAUAACGGCGACAGCAGUCAUUUUUUUGAAGAUGAACACAGCCUUGUGUCAACUGAUGGGAUAGAAAGUUGA